CCAAUUACCGUACACACAGAAAUAAAUGAAAUUUAAACAUAUCUAUCCAAGCCAACCGAAGCAAACACGUUGCGAUAUCUAUUGUGGUCGCGCACCGCGCUUAUUAGCUAUUCCACGACGGCACGAUCAUUCGUUGAUGCCUAUUUCGAGAGCUUUUGCCAAUAAAUCUAUUCAUACCGCAAUCUAUCGCCAACCAGCACCGACCGUUGAUAAACAGCGAGACGUACAAUCUGCAUAAAAUCAGCGAUCGACACCCAGCACAGUGCUGGAUAUACACUUCCACAACAAUUGACAGUUUCGAAAGCUCAUAUAUGAUAGCUCAUGAGUUAGUUCUAGCUCAGUACGAACGACGCCCGCCGCGGAAAAAUGUUUCGCUUUGCAUUUCUGCUGUUUCACGCUACUGUCAGUAUCGAUAUGGCAGUCUGUAUCAGUGCAACAUGCAACAGGGCAAUGAAACUUUAUGGAGUUGUGCCGAAAACCGAAGGCCAAAUGCAUUAUUUGAGAUUGCUAAGUGCAUACAAUGAGUCGUUGGAUUUCUGGCUACUGACGACUGUUACCAAUGAGGAAGCACACGUGUUAGUUCCUGCUGAAGCUGAAAAUAAAUUUCAAAGAGAUUUACUAAACAAUCAUUUGGAGUUCUUUGUGAAGAAUCCGAACAUCAGUGGAUGUACAGAAAGCAGUAGAUUAGAACGCAAAGCGCAGUAUAGAUCGAACGAAUCGCUUGACUUUACCAGAAGAUAUCUGAGCUACAGUGAUAUCAACAAGUACAUCGACUAUUUAGGGAGGAAAUACGCAGAUAUGGUUACCAUAACGAACGUGGGUAAGUCGUAUGAAGGAAGGACGCUCAAAACUGUCACCAUUGCCAAAGGUCAACAAUCCCGCCAAGCAAUACUCAUUGACGCCGGCAUCCAUGCUAGAGAAUGGAUAGCACCGGCUACUGCCCUUUACGUAAUUAAUCGACUAGUGCAGCACGCAAAUGAGAAUCGUGACUUGCUGAACAAUCUCACGUGGAUUAUUUUGCCACUUGUGAAUCCGGACGGCUACGAAUACUCUUUUAAAACAAAUAAGUUUUGGCGCAAAACGAGGCAGCCUUAUAGACGCUGCAAAGGAACGGAUGGUAAUCGAAACUUCAAUUUCCACUGGGGAGAGAAAGGUGCUUCUAAGUACGAGUGUGUCAACACAUUUUCCGGCCCACGACCAUUUUCGGAACCUGAAACUCAAGCCGUACGUGAUUUACUGGUAGGCAAGAACGAUACCGUUAAGUUUUACCUUUCGUUGCACUCCUACGGUCGAAUGUUGCUCUAUCCGUGGGGUUACAAGAAGGAUCUACCCCGGAAAUGGAGAAAUAUGGACGCGGUAGCUCGAGCCGGAGCGUCUGCCAUGCAACGAUCGCACAGAGUGGACUAUAGAAUAGGUGGAGCCGCAAAAGUCCUAUACGAAGCGUCAGGUGCCAGCGAUGAUUACGCACUGGCAGUCGCACGAAUUCCGAUUGCGAUCACAAUGGAACUUCCAGGCGAUGAGAGGGGAUUCCACCCUUCUGAGUCGAAGAUUAGCGCAUUUAUCGAGGAAGCUUUCACGGGGAUACGUGCGAUGGCACUCAAAAUGAUGGAAAUCCAGGUGUAGAGAGCAAUUCCGAAAGCAUCGAUUAGCAGUAUUAGUUCAAGUGGUUGAGUAAAUGCUUUAGUGAUUAGUGACUGAUGUAGGAAGUUACCAUAAACGUGACUGCAUGAACAUACGAUACAGAAGCAUGUAGUAAAGGAAUUUUACAGAUAAUAAAUAUCAAGCUUGAUUUAAAGAAUAAAAACUUUUCAAUUAUACCAUCAUUUGAGAAUUUA